CCGCCCUUAUUACCCGGUGGUGGACGUACGUCAGUUACGAACGCCCCCCCGGAUGGCCGUUGCCUGCGCGGUCAGUCACCGAGGGGCGACAAUCACCACCGCCACCGCGGGGAGCUGAAGCUCAGCCCGGCUGGAGGACCGCGAGCAGCAGCAGAACAGGCGAGUAGCAGCUUCUGGUUUUUAAACACAAACGGAAGAAGGAGGUGAUGAUGGUGAUCCGCUUCCUCCUGCUGGCUCAGCAGCUGAUGUGACGGACACAGCAGUUUCAGUGACAUGGGCAGCAGAGGUGAUUUCACUUCCCGUGGAGCGACCUCAGUAGCCCUGCUGGGACUGACGAACAUAAGAUGACUCAGCAAAAUGGGAUCAGGGGCUCAGGCUAUGGCCACCUCCACUCAGAGGCCUCAAAGGCUUUCAACUUGGCCAACGGUGUGGAGGAGCGCAAAGCCAAUGACUAUGAGAGUGAGGAGAGGGGGCAGGGUGGUGAAAGCAGAUCCCCCGCAGCUGUAACGGGAGCAGUCGCCGCUCCGGAUGGUGGGUGGGGCUGGGUGGUGCUGGUUGCCACCAUCCUGGUUCUGGCUAUGACCCUGGGGUUCCCUUCCUGUGUGGGAAUCUUCUACACAGACCUGCAGAACGAGUUUCAGGCGACCAACAGCGAAACGUCGUGGGUGCCCUCCAUCAUGACGUCAGUGCUUCAUGCAGGAGGGCCCUUUUGUAGUGUGCUGGUGGACAAAUUUGGCUGCAGAGCGACGGUCAUGCUGGGUGGAGUCCUGAGCGGGGUCGGAAUGGCUGCCAGCUCAUUUACCCGCUCCAUGACUGAGCUUUACAUCACUGCUGGAGUCAUUACAGGACUUGGGUUCUGCUUCAGUUUCCAGCCAGCUGUGACCAUCCUGGGACACUACUUUGUGCGCCGUCGCGCGUUUGCUAACGCCAUGUCCUCCACUGGCACCGCCCUCGGACUGUGCAUUCUGCCGUUCCUGGGAAACUACCUCCACACACAGUUUGGCUGGAGGGGAAGCUUUCUCAUUCUGGGGGCCGUUCUAUUGAACUGCUGCGUGUGUGGAGCUGUGAUGAGGCCCCUCCAGCCCAACAGGCAUCGUGGCCCGCCUCUGAUGGACCACAAACCUCCAUCCGAUCAGGAAGAUGAAAGAAAACAGAAAGGGAGGUUGAGGACGAUGUGGAGCUAUGUGGUGGCCUCUCUGAGCAAACACAUGGCAUUUGAUCAGCUCUGUAACAACCGGCGUUACUGUGUGUAUGCCAUAGGCAUCACCUUCAUGAUGCUUGGGUUUGUGGUACCCCUGAUUUAUCUGGUUCCUUAUGCCACGGGCCACAGCAUGGAGCCGAGUCAGGCUGCACUGCUGCUCUCCAUCCUGGGGGUCGUCAACAUCGUGGUGCGGCCACCAUUUGGCAUCAUAUUCAACCUGCCCUGGUUCAAAGGGCGACACAUUUAUGUUUUUGCCUCAGCUCUGCUGGUCAACGGGCUCAGUAACAGCAUCUGCUGCCUGGGAGCUAGCUUUCCUGUCCUGGUGAUGUACGUGAUGACCUACGGGCUCUCCAUGAGCGUAGUGGGCUCCCUGAUGUUCACCGUUCUCAUGGAUAUCCUAGAGAUGAGCCGCUUCCCUUCUGCUCUGGGCCUGCUUGCUGUCAUGGAGAGUGUCACGCUGCUGAUUGGACCACCACUGGCAGGCAUCCUGGUGGACACAACAGGAACAUAUUCCUACGUCUUUAUUGCCUGCAGUGCCAUCGUUGCCUCCUCUGCUGUGUAUCUCAUGUUGGCGUUCUGCUGGCUGGAUAACAAAGAGAAGAAGGCAUCAAAACAGGGUCAGCUUUCCUAUCAACCUGACCCGAUAAGACCUACAGCUGAUGCGUCUCCUGGCUGCAGGUACAGGAGCGUGCCCACAGAGGGAGACAAAGACAAGGCUGCAUCCAACGGGAUUGAGUAUCACACCAGCAUCUGAUCCUGAUCCCACUGUGUCACGCUUCGGCUCAGAUCUCAGCAAAUUAUUCCAUUUUAACUGAAAAUUGUGAAUAUUUUGCCCAGUUGCUUACCAAAUUAACAGAUGUGCACUUACAACAACAUGAUUGUACUGUUUUAGUAGAAUGCUGCAGAUCUCAUCAACACACAAUCCAUCACUCCAGUCAAUCCAAGGAGCUUGUAAAAGAAAAAACCCUGAGAUGUUUGCUGCAAUCAUGACUUAUCUUUUUUUGUUGGUUCAUUUGAGCCACUUUUGAGGUGGUGGCUGCUUCAGACAGUCAAACUGAAACCUUUGUUUACUUGUAAACAAAUCUCCAAAGAUCAAAAUCGACAAUAUCUUUCCAUUAAAAACCCCAUCGGACAAUCCCAGAGGCAUUUAAAUCCACUUGUCUAAACUGUUCAAAUACUUUAAAAGGAAAACUUUAGCUUUAUUGAUAUUUUUGCACAAACACUAGAUUUUUUUUCAAUCUUUGUCUUUAUACCAAAUCAAAGCACAAGAAAUAGAAUUUACAUUAUUUAUUUAUGAAAACAGCAGGUGACUUAUUGUGAUGUUUGACAUGACUAUUGCUUCCUGUAGCUGAAAUAACUUAUAGAAGAAAUUUCCAAACCCAGAAUUAAACCCACUACAACAAAUAGUUUUUAAUUAUGAAAAGUUCAGCUAUUGUUCAAGAUUUUCUGUCUAGUUUUAUCUGGAAAGAUCCCGGAUGAGCCCCCAUUUGUUACAGUUUGGCUCUAAACUGUAGCAAGAUGGGGCAGUACGAGGUGGCAAGCUCAUCAGAUGUUUUGCAAAUGAGAAUAUAACAGUAAACAGCUGGUUACAUUUCCUUUAUUUCUGGUUUUGGUUUUUGCAUGAGAUUUAUUAACUAAGAAUAAUUUGCAUAAUCACAAACCUAAUAGGUUUGUAACCAGUCUUAAAUCUUCCUGCACAUCAAGCUGAACAGUUUAAAGUCACUUUCAGUUAAGUAAUCAGAUACUUCACUUUCAUAACAGAGGAAAAAGUAAAAUACACGCAUUGUAUGUUAUUUGCUGUCAUGGCAAAAAAUAAAUAGUUUUGUUGUUGAUUUUGCGACCAUCCUGCAACAGUGCCUUCUACAAAGCUGGUGAAUUCUGGAAAGAUGAUUCACACCUUUAGCUUUUUACAGAUGAUUUAUAUGAAGUUUUUGUGCUUUGAAAGACUGGAAACAAUCACUGAGGUGAACAUGUGACACAGCGCAAAUGAUGAUGGUUUUAUGACACAGAAACUCUUAUCUUAAGCUCUGUUCACUUCCUUUGAAGAUUCAACAUAAACACAAACCCUGCCAAUGCAUGUUUAAGCAAAACCAUUAAAAUAAGUAGAAAUAACAAUACUUUCACCAGCUGUCUUCAGUAUAACUAAAUAUUGAUUUCUUAUCAAAGAAUUUCUUAGUAAACUUUGGAGGCUUGGCUUGCUGUAUGCCAAAUUAAAUCUUUAUUAUCAAUUCUUUAUGUGGCUGGAGGGAAAUAAAUGUUUAGAUAUGAAAACUGC